AUGGCCGCCUCCUCGACUGCCAUCGCGGUGCCCCCAGCCGGCCUGAAGGAGGACAUCGCGGGGCUGUACGACGAGUCGUCGGGGGUCUGGGAGCGCAUCUGCGGCGACCACCUGCACCACGGCUUCUACGAACCGGGCGAUGCCGCGUCGGUGCCCGACGUCCGCCGCGCCCAGAUACGCACCAUCGACGAGGCGCUCGUCUUCGCCGCCGUCCCAGCUGCGUCCUCCACAUCCGCAAUUAAUUAA